CAGAUCAGGGCUUAGGGCUAAGGGCGCAGGGCACUCAAAUCUAGCCAUAUCCAGCCAUAAUAAUAUUGGACACCUUUUCACUUUCCCAAGUGACAGGCAAGAGUCUCAUUUAGGCCAGAUUGGCUGAAGGCUUCUUUCUUUUUUCCCCUGUCAACCAUAGCUUCUCAGCCGCGUCAACUGCUGCGAGAGUCCUCCAAUUCAUCACCACUCCUCCGGGACAAGGAGAGCCAUCUCUCCGCUUCGUGACUUUCUUCCUCCUCCAUCACCACUGCCCUCCGUGCCUUCUUCUUCUCGCCCCUUUUCCUUCCUUUAUAGGUUCCAACAUUACAAUACCACGUAGCCCGCUUCCAACAACCGCAACUUCAUUCGUUUCCCUAUUUCCUCCUCCUAUUCUAUAGUUUCCCCCGUGCAUCUAUCCUCUCCCUUCUGCCGCCAGCUUUUUCCUUUUAUUUGGGAACCGUUUACAGAUUAGCUAUGCCGGAUUCCCCUCCCGGGGUUCGCCAGCGCGCCUCGAAGAAGAAGGGUGCGGCGCAGGCUGUACUGAACAUUGGAUCAGGCUCAAAUUCUGAGGACGAAUUGCUCAGCAAGAGACAGAAGGCUUCUGCGCCUGCCCCGGGUGCAUUCGGUCAUGCCCAAGGCCCGUUCCGAAUCUGGCUCUUCCUGUUGACUGUCGCGGCCAUCUUUACAAGAUUCUACAAGAUUAGCCAUCCUAACGAAGUAGUCUUUGAUGAGGUCCACUUUGGAAAGGUAUGGUGUUGCCGGAGUGAUUAUGAAUUGAUAGAAUGGUAGCUGACUUUUAUCCACAGUUUGCAUCCUACGUACGUUCGUUGCUACAAUAAACCUCCCAAAAGCUCGAAUCUAAUCAUAGUUCAAACAGUACCUUCAACGGACUUACUUCUUCGAUGUCCAUCCUCCGUUUGGAAAGCUUCUUUUCGCCCUUAUGGGCUGGUUCGUUGGUUACGACGGUCACUUCUUGUUCGAUAACAUUGGAGAUUCCUACAUCGACAACAAAGUCCCUUAUGUCGCAUUCCGCGCCAUGCCCGCCAUGAUGGGCGCUUUGACUGUCCCGGUGGUCUUUUUGACUAUGUGGGAAAGCGGCUACAGCCUUCCUGCUUCAAUUGUUGCUGCCGGGUUGGUUUUGUUCGGUGCGUUUUGCAUGCCCGUGUUGCGGCCAAGCUGGAGCAAUGCUUACAACAUGUAUAGACAAUGCACAUAUCGGCCAAACUCGUCUCAUCCUCCUCGAUGCGACCCUUAUUUUCUCGAUGGCCUGCUCUCUCUUGUGCUAUGUUCGGUUCUACAAGCUUCGUCAUCUCCCAUUCAGCCGUAAAUGGUGGAAGUGGCUGCUUUUGACUGGUGUAGCCCUAUCAUGUGUCAUUUCCACCAAAUAUGUUGGUGUUUUCACCUUUGUGACAAUUGGUGCUGCUGUCGGAAUUGAUCUCUGGAACCUUCUUGAUAUCAAGCGUGGCCUAACAAUCCAGGAAUUCACCAAGCACUUUGCUGCGAGAGCCUUUGGUCUUAUCGGAGUCCCGUUCUUCUUUUACCUUUUCUGGUUCCAAGUCCACUUUGCCAUCCUUUACCGCAGUGGGCCGGGAGACGAUUUCAUGACUCCUGAGUUCCAGGAAACAUUGAGUGAUAAUAUCAUGACAUUAAAUAGUGUGGAAAUUCACUACCAUGACACCAUUGUCAUUCGCCACAAGGAAACCAAAGCUUUUUUGCAUUCCCACCCAGACAAGUAUCCUCUGAGAUACGAAGACGGCAGAAUUUCAUCCCAAGGUUUGUCAAGCGGGUGAUAAUUUGUGAAGAGCCACGCUUACGUUAUCACAGGCCAGCAGGUCACCGGAUAUCCGUAUGAGGACGUUAACAACAACUGGAUUAUCAUCCCCGGCGAUCCGAUUUCCGAAGGCAGUGACAAAACCCCUGUUGUUAAGAAUGGUGAUCUCGUAAAGCUGCUUCACGUUGUCACCAACACCAUUCUUCUAUCCCACGAUGUUGCCUCUCCUUACUACCCUACGAACCAGGAGUUCACCACCAUCGAUAUUGAGGCAGCCAGCGCGGAUCGCCACAACGACACACUAUUCGAGAUCAGGAUUGAGGGUGGAAAGGUCAAACAAGACUUCAGAUCCAUGUCCGGUCAAUUCAAAUUGAUCCACAACCCGUCCAAGGUGGCCAUGUGGACACACGGCAAGCCACUUCCCGACUGGGCCUUCAAGCAACAGGAGAUCAACGGAAACAAGAACAUCCUCCAGACUUCAAACCUUUGGUUUGUUGAGAACAUCCCAUCCUUGGCUCCCGAGGACCCGCGAAAUGUCAGGACACCGAAGGAGAUCAAGUCAAUGCCAUUCCUCAAGAAGUAUUUUGAACUCCAACGCACCAUGUUCCACCAUAAUAACGCAUUGACUUCGUCCCACCCUUAUGCAUCCCAACCUAUCCAAUGGCCUUUCUUGCUGCGCGGCGUUUCAUUCUGGACCAAGAACGAUACCCGAGAACAAAUCUACUUCCUCGGAAACCCCAUCGGCUGGUGGCUCGCGUCCUCGGUCCUUGCAGUCUUUGUUGGCAUCAUUGCCGCAGACCAACUCACGCAGCGAAGAGGUGUAGAUGCUCUUGAUAGAAGAACCCGAAGCAAGCUUUACAACUCUACUGGGUUCUUCUUCCUCGCAUGGGCAGCUCAUUAUCUCCCAUUCUUCUUGAUGGGGAGACAGUUGUUCCUGCACCACUACCUGCCCGCGCAUCUCGCCUCUUCCCUGGUAACAGGAGCAUUGGUGGAGUUUAUCUUCUGCGUCGAGCCACUCGAGACGGAGAAGGUUGGGAAGGAUGGAAAGAAGAAGUAUACUCCCCGCUCCGGGCCUCUGAGCUUGGCUGCGGCCUGGGUUGCGGCAGCCGUUGUUGUCACAGCCGUCGCCGGUGGAUGGUAUUUCUUUACCCCAUUAACAUAUGGUAGCCCUGGAUUGGACGUUGCGCAAGUCGUUGCCAGGCAAUGGCUCGGUUAUGACCUCCAUUUCGCAAAAUAGGUUGGCUUAAUGGAAGGCCGUUUUGGGGCUCGUUCGUCACCUUUUUCCUUUAGCUCUCCAAAUUUUUUUCGCGUCUAUUUACACCGGGGGCUGCUGUGCGAGAAUUUUCUAUUUGAAUAUGAGGUUAGGGUAAUUCAGGAGAGAGGAAAAAAAUAUUACAUUAGGAACAUUUGCUCGUGAUGAUGGUUUGGGUGGGCUGUAAGGUCUGGGAUUGUAUGGAGCAAGGAGCACAAAAAAAAAGUGUUGGCGGUGUUCUCCCUCUGUAUUUCUGAACGAGACUCUUGUUGGUGGGUUUGUCUAGGGCUGUCAGCCAAAUGAUGCUCCCCUCCUGUAUGGACACCGAAUUCUACU